AUGACAAAUAAGGAGAUUGUAUGCCUGUUCUCUUCAUAUUUUCGUAAACAAUUGGACGAAACGACUACUGAAUACUCAAUUGGAGGAGCAGAUACUUUGGAAAUCAUUGACAUUUGUCUCACCUUCAUGAUCACGAAAUACUACAAAAAGCCUGUUCUCUUCACGCCAAAGCUUGCUUUCGAUAUUUACACGUUGGCCAAGCAAUGGAAGGUUUCUAAACUAGGUGCUCACAAAAGCUCUCUUGAGAAACAGCUAUGUGAGGAGCUGAAAAAGAACCACGAAGAUCUGAUGUACGUUUGCAAUUUGCUGAUCGUUUCCGAAGAUUCUCAUUUCCACAGAGUUGAAAAUUGCUGCAUUGCCACUUUGGUUUUCUAUCAUGCUCACGAUUUCAUCCGUAUCGAAGAGAGUCACCCACUGAAAAAGAGGCUUUUCCGGCAGGACGGACACGUCGAUUCACUGAUGGUGCAAGUGAAGAAAGCAUAUGCUCUGUCUCUUAAUACCAUGUGUUUUCUUAAAAUUCUAGAGGACUAG